GUGUGUGUCUCUUGUCUGUUUUCACACUCUCCUCCCCAUUCGAGCAAGGCCCACACCUGGCGCAUCACUGCCGAGCCAUUAGCUGCGGGUCUCCUUUCAUCUUCGUUGUGGCAGACGUUUCUAUUUAUCCACUUGCGCUGGCCGAGUGGCGUCACCAGCGGUACUGUAAUGACGAUUGCAGCGAGAGGAUGACAGUUUAGAAAGAAGAGGGCAAUGGGGCUUCCUCCCAGAGGCGGUGCGGCACAGAGGAGCGCUCGCAUCACAAGGUGACCCCAGCUCCCCACCGUCACUGCCGUCACCACCGACAUCGCGCUCUUGCAGCUCCGCGCCCGCCCUGCCGCCUGGCCUCUCUUUCUCCUUCCAGCAGCCAAGACCGGUUCGGCCGCUGGGGACCUAGGGAGUCUGGUGUUAGGUGCUCAUUGGGGCUCCCCCCCUCCGGAGAGCCCCAGAAUGGAGAGUCGCAAGGACAUGGUUAUGUUUCUGGAUGGGGGUCAGCUGGGCACCCUGGUUGGCAAGAGAGUCUCCAAUUUGUCCGAAGCCGUGGGCAGCGCGUUGCCCGAGCCACCGGAGAAGAUGGUGCCCCGUAGUUGCCCUCCGGCCGCCCGGGAGCGCGACGGGGGAGGCCCGGAGGAGGAGCCGGUCGACGGACUAGCAGGCAGCGCGGCGGGUCCCGGCGCCGAACCGCGAGCAGCCGGGGCUGCUGUUCUUGGCCCUGGUCACCCAGCCCCUUCCGCAGACAGCCUCUCUGGACAGGGGCAACCCAGCAGUUCGGACACCGAGUCGGAUUUCUACGAAGAAAUCGAGGUGAGCUGCACCCCGGACUGCGCCACCGGGAACGCCGAGUAUCAGCACAGCAAAGGGCCCGGUUCGGAGGCACUGGCCAGCAGUCCCAACGGCGGCAGCGAGGCCCCCAAGAGCAAUGGCGGCGGCGGAGGGGGAGGCUCUCAGGGCACCCUGUCCUGCAGCGCCAGUGACCAGAUGCGUCGUUACCGCACCGCCUUCACUCGGGAGCAGAUUGCAAGGCUGGAGAAGGAAUUCUACCGAGAGAAUUAUGUCUCCAGGCCUCGGAGAUGCGAAUUGGCAGCCGCCCUAAAUCUACCGGAAACCACCAUCAAGGUGUGGUUCCAGAACCGGCGCAUGAAGGACAAGCGGCAGCGGCUGGCCAUGACGUGGCCGCACCCGGCCGACCCAGCCUUCUACACGUACAUGAUGAGCCACGCGGCGGCCGCGGGCGGCCUGCCCUACCCCUUCCCGUCGCACCUGCCGCUGCCCUACUACUCGCCCGUGGGCCUGGGCGCAGCGUCGGCAGCCUCGGCCGCAGCCUCCCCGUUCAGCGGCCCGCUGCGCCCGCUCGACACGUUCCGUGUGCUCUCGCAGCCCUACCCGCGGCCAGAACUGCUGUGCGCCUUCCGCCACCCGCCUCUCUACCCGGGACCAGCGCACGGACUGGGUGCCUCGACCGGCGGCCCCUGUUCCUGCCUCGCUUGCCACAGCAGCCCGGCCAACGGGCUGGCGCCCCGGGCUACCGCUGCCGCCGCUUCAGACUUCACCUGUGCCUCCACCUCCCGUUCGGACUCCUUCCUCACCUUCGCACCCUCGGUCCUCAGCAAGGCCUCCUCUGUCGCACUGGACCAGAGAGAGGAGGUGCCCCUCACCAGAUAAGGGGCCGCCCGCGGGCUACCAGCUCCAGGAUGCCCGUGGGGCGCUCCUCGGGGACUCAGUCAGUGCCCCUCACCGACCCAGGACACCGAGGAGAAAGGAGAGGGCCGCAGAGGACCAG